AUGGUCAAUGCUGGUCGUAUCGCCUGCAUAUUCACACCAUUUGCUCUCUGUCUAGCAUCGCUGGUGUGCAUAAUAAUUGUGUUUCUUGGGGGGUGGAACGCACGGAGCACCACUCUUGGGAACUACUACUUUCUGAAGGCCGACUUGACAGGUUUUACCGUCAACAAUACUGGUUUAGAUCCAGUCCCUGGAAUCAACCUAGAUAAUGAUGUCUUGAACCAAGCACUGAAUCAAGCAAAAGCUGCGGCCAACAUCAAUGACUUUUACACAAUCUACCUUUGGAAUUACUGCUCCUGGGAUGGCAGCGACAAGUACUCGUUUUGCUCCAAGAGAGAGGCCUACUUCGCUUUCGAUCCUGUGGAGGUCUGGGGUUUGGAGAAUACCGGGGUGCAGAAUGCUUUCCCGAAAGAAUUGCAAGAUGGCUUGAAGGCCUACAAAGCUGUAAGCAAGUGGAUGUUCAUUGCAUACAUUGUUGCAUUGGUUGCUACGUGCAUUGAACUUGUGGUGGGCAUCUCUGCCAUAUUCAGCCGCUGGGGCAGCUUUUGCACGGCCUUCUUCUCUACACUUUCAUCACUUUUCAUCCUAGCUGCUUCCAUCACAGCCACAGCAAUGUUCUCCGUCCUUCUUGGCUCGUUCAACGGAGUCUUUGAAGCCUACGGUAUCAAAGCAAGUCUUGGACCAGAGAUGAUGCGGACAACUUGGCUUGCGGUAGCUUUCAGCUUCGGCGCCGGUUUCUUCUGGCUUCUGAGCGUCUGCUGUUGUAGUGGGAGGUCACCUUAUGGCGGCAAGAAAGACACGAAGCGGGUCAAGGUCGAGAAAACCCCAUACACGUAUGAGCGAGUGGGGUCUCCAUAUCUUGGGCCACAAGGAGGAGCACCACCAUAUGGAGGGGCACAUGGACAGCAGAUACCUAUGCAUAAUCUUGGCCCGAACGCAAAAGGAGGCGCAUAUGAGCCCUUCAGACCUUCGCAUGUGUAA